AUGGCGAUUUCUUUGAUUGUCUGGCUUAAUACCCAUAUACCUGACUGGAACACCCGAACGGAUCGGUUAAUCAACAUGAGGCUUGAAACUCUGGACCCUCUAGCCGUCCGAUUCACCCACCGCGGAGGGAGGGUGCAUCGAACGGUGAGAGUCCACUCUAUUAGGCCUACCAACUGUUAUUUUUAUAACGCUCAUCGACGAGAAUGGCUCACUGUCUUCGACUAUUUUUACGCUCGUUACGGGCUUUCUCUUGUGGAUCGCAACACCUUGAUAUCUUUUGUCGGGAGAGAGGAAUUAGGACUUUUCCCAUUGGAAUCAUUGGCCAUCGAGGAAUGA